UUGCAAAUUGCACAACAGUACCCAGUACCGGUACCUUGAAAAUAUAGAAUUGUUUUUGGCAAAGCACUGCAACCACUGAAGCACUUUGCCUCCCCAACACCAAGACCAGCUCUCUGCCGCCACCACCCUCGCUCAACCAUGAUGGCUCUGAGGUCCCUCGCCCGUGUCGCUGCCUGCCCUGUGCAGCGCAGCGCCCUUGCUGCCUCUCAGCGCACUCUCAAGACUGCGCCCGUGUCUCACAGCCUCGUCUCUGACAAGACUGGCAAGACUGGCGCUGCCGUCCUGACUGCCGGUAUUGGCGCAUACCUCCUGAGCCAGGAGGUGCUCAUCCUUCACAACGAGACAGUCGUCGUUGCCGCCGUCGGUGCCGUCACGUAUGGCAUCAUGAGCAAGGCUGGCAAGGACGUCGCCGGCAUGCUCGACGAGCGCGCACAGGCGAUUCUCGAGUCUGUCAACGCUGGUCGCCGUUCCCAGAUUGCCACCCUGGAGCAACAGAUUGAGGAGCAGAAGCAGCUCAAGACGUCGAUGGAGGGUGUGCCGGAGUUUUUCGAUGCUGUGCGCGAGUACGAGGCCAUGCGCCGGGAGCUUGCGUUCCGCGAGGAGCAGUAUGCCGCCUACCAGAACGUUAUUGGCCAGCUGGAGAACAUGGUGUCCAUCGAGUCCUCGGUCCGCUCGCGCGAGCAGGACGAGAUUGUGCAGUUCCUCGCCGCGGAGGUGCCCAAGGCCCUCAAGGGCAAGGAGGAGGCCAUCAUGAACAAGUGCAUUGCUGACCUGCAGGAGCUCUCUGCACAGGCCUAACUGAAGCCGUCGUUGUUGUCAUUGUUGUCGCCGUGUUCAUCUCUGUUCGUCGUCCUUGCUUGUCGCUGUUGCUGUCGUUACUGCACUCGUGGACGAAGGCGCUGUCAUUUGGCAUUUGGGCGGUGUCUGUGGUGGUGAAAUUGUGGCGCUUGCUGUGCGUGGUGGUGCACGGCAACACGAUGGGCAGCGCGUUUAUUUUUUGCAGGCUGGUGUUCAUUCUCAGCACUUGCGCGCUGGCUUGUCGAUCCGAGUGCUGCCGUCGUGUGCGUGCCCCAGGACAACAUGCAAAUGCUUGUUUGCCCCACCAGUUUGCUCUCCUCCUUGGCGUCGUUUGUCUGUCGUGCGGCGCGGUUGCAGCCGUGGUGGUAUUGUUGUUGUUGUGUUGCAAGCUAUUGGUGUUUUGUUCGCUCCUUGUGGUGGGUUGGUGCUUGGCUCACGAAGAAGUUUGGUUGCUGCGUGGUUUGUGCGCGUGUGAGCGGUACAUUGUGUGUAGCCAAGUGUUGGUUGUUUGUCCUUGCCUCGCGUGUGUUGUGCUGUGGUGUUGUGAUUGAGGCACUCGUAGUUUCAGGGCGAAGUAAAACACCCUGGAAACAUCA